AACCAACCAACCAAGUCGCCCCCACCCCCCACCCCCACCCACCCCGGACCUGGUUUACGGCUCCGGGCUCAGGCUCCGAUGCGGCCGCUGAUUGGCUGCUGAAGGCUUGGUCCCAUCCCAGUGACCCCAAAGUGCUGGAGGGAGGGGGCGGGGGUGGCCCAGUGCAAAGUGCAUCCCGAAAGCCCCCUGCCUGGAGCCCCCGCGGCUGGCACUUCGGACCCUGUAUGACCCGGGACCUCGCUGCCCCGAGACCUGCUGUGUGCCCCCGUAGCCGGGAGCCUCCGGCCCGGAGCGCGGCAGCCCCUGUUCCGAGCCCUCAGACCCGGGCUGCCCCCCCCCUCGAGCCGGGACUUCCUCCCUGCACCCCUGCCCCGAGGCUGCCCGGCGGUCAGGACCGUCGCCCCAGUUCUGCUCGACUGUCCGGAUGCUCGCUGGGCUGGGGCCGUGAGGCACCGAGAAGGAUCAGGAACACCCGUGUCCGGCCCUGCCUGGAGUGUUUGUUCAAUGGAGAAGUUGGUGAGUGUGGAGAAGGCUGAAAGGAGGAAGAGAAGCAGCAGCUGAGGAGACAGGUUUGAGCUGGCUAGAGGAGACGAGAGAGCAGGGAGGGGUCAAGCCACCCACCAGAGAAGCAGCAGAGAGCCUCUGACCAGCAUCCUCUGUAAAGUGUUUUGCAGGUUUCUCACCCUAAAGUUGCUCUUUCCGUCCCUCUCCGUGCUAUCCUCAUUGGAAGGAAGUCGCUAUGCAUGGCCCAUACUAAAGGAGAGGUUAAAGCUCAUUCACGCUGCAAGCUGGACACACUCUGAGCCUCCUCCUCACAAUGCUGUAUGUGCACAAUGGUUAUUAGGCAAUCCACAUAUCAGGAAAAGGGACAUUCUUCCAUAAGGCUGUUCCCUGUGACCUAAUGAAUCCUUUGUAAAAAGCGGACUCAGCUAGGAUGUUACACCACCAUUGUCGAAGGAACCCUGAACUCCAGGAAGAAUUGCAGAUUCAGGCUGCAGUGGCCGCUGGGGAUGUUCACACAGUACGGAAGAUGCUAGAACAAGGCUAUUCUCCCAAUGGCCGGGAUGCUAAUGGCUGGACCCUGCUUCAUUUCUCUGCAGCAAGAGGGAAGGAAAGAUGUGUUCGAGUAUUUCUAGAACAUGGAGCCGAUCCAACAGUUAAGGACUUGAUCGGAGGCUUCACUGCUCUUCAUUAUGCAGCCAUGCACGGCCGGGCCCGGAUUGCACGCCUGAUGUUAGAAUCUGAAUACAGGAGCGACAUUAUUAAUGCCAAAAGCAAUGAUGGCUGGACUCCCCUCCAUGUGGCUGCUCACUAUGGUAGGGACUCAUUUGUCCGACUCCUACUGGAGUUCAAGGCUGAGGUCGACCCACUCAGCGAUAAAGGCACCACCCCCCUUCAGCUCGCCAUCAUCCGAGAGAGGUCAAGCUGCGUGAAGAUCCUCCUGGACCACAAUGCCAACAUCGACAUCCAGAACGGUUUUCUGUUGCGAUACGCUGUGAUCAAAAGCAAUCACUCUUACUGCCGAAUGUUCCUUCAGAGAGGAGCAGACACAAACUUGGGUCGCUUAGAAGAUGGACAGACUCCUUUGCAUUUGUCUGCCCUUAGGGAUGAUGUGCUUUGUGCACGGAUGUUAUAUAACUAUGGAGCGGACACAAACACAAGGAACUAUGAAGGACAGACCCCAUUGGCUGUUUCAAUAAGUAUUUCUGGAAGUAGUCGACCGUGUUUGGAUUUCUUACAAGAAGUCACAAGACAGCCCAGAAACUUGCAGGACCUGUGCCGAAUUAAAAUUCGACAAUGUAUAGGCCUUCAAAACCUAAAGCUACUUGAUGAACUACCAAUUGCCAAGGUCAUGAAAGACUACUUAAAACACAAAUUCGAUGAUAUCUGAUGUACACAGAACUGUGAGCAAGAUUAGGAGUUAUAUUCCAGAUACUUAAAAGGCUU